CUCAGUGUGGAGGAGCCGGCUCUGUAGAUAUGAGCAGCUGGCAGCUGUGAGGCCUCUCAGGACUUCCGUCUGCUCAGACGUGUUAACGAUGCUGCUGCUGGACGAGCGGAUCUGGUUGCUGUUUAAGCGCCACUGGCCACAGACUCUCACCUACUGGAGCGUGUUCUUCAGCUUCGGCCUGUGCAUCGCCUUCCUGGGACCCACUAUCCUGGACCUGAGGUGUCAGACCCAGUCGACCCUGCAGCAGAUCACCUGGGUGUUUGUCUCUCAGCAGUUCUUUGUGCUGGUGGGCAGCAGCGUGGGAGGACUGUUUAAGAAAACCCUUAAGUCCUCGCUCUUAGCCCUCUUCUCCUGCACCCUCAUCAUCUCGCUGGUGUUUGCCGUCAUACCACUAUGUCACCACGUCAUACUGCUGUCCAUCGCCAUGGGGCUGGCUGGCAAAGCCAUGGGCGUGAUCGACACCAUCGCAAACCUGCAGCUAGUGAAGCUGUACCAGAAGGACUCUGCCAUCUUCCUGCAGGCCUUGCAUUUCUUCACAGGCCUUGGGGCGCUGGUCAGUCCCCUGGUGGCCGAUCCCUUCCUGGCUGAGGACAGCUGUGUGCUGGGAGCCAACUUGACCACCAACUCAUCCUCUCCCAGGAACCUACAGCAUCUCCGCAGCACCCUCGCUGGCCACGGAGCAGCACUGCACACCACCUCUCACUUUCAUCUGUAUACUGACGGGGUUGUCGUCACCAGGGUGUCGUAUGCUUUCUGGAUCAUGGCUCUUAUCAAUCUCCCUGUCCCAGCAGCAGUGCUCGCAUUGAUGUCCCAUGAGCGAUUGCUGCCUUGCUCCAGAAGCAGUCCACGUCUGCUUGAUGCAGACUCCAACAGAAGCCCCACGGGGGACACGGACCAAGGACAUGGGAGUGUUUUUAGCUGCUGUAACCCUGCCAAACUCCGGGAUCGCCCUGCUACUUUCUUCAUCAUCCACGCUCUCGGAGGAGCUAUCCUCUUUAUCACAGAUGGGAUUAUAGGCUCUUAUGCUGGCUUCGUCUACACCUACGCCGUCUCCCCUCCUCUGCUGAUGGGACAUAAGAUGGCAGGCUGUCUGGACAGCAUAUUCUGGGCCGCGAUCACCGUGGGAAGACUGGCUUCAAUGUACUUGUCCUACAGAUACACGGCACCCAAGCUGCUCAUCGUCAGUCUGGUGGGAGUCAUACUGGUUCAGUGCCUGCUGUUAAUCUUCUACACCAGCUCUGUGUUUCUGUUCAUUGGCACCUGUGUGUUGGGCCUGUGCAUCAGCAGUGUGUUCCCCUCUGUGUUAGCCUUCACAGAGGACAUAUUAGAAUACAAAGGCUGUGCCACAACAGUGCUGGUAACGAGUGCCAGCACAGGGGAGAUGCUGCUUCAGCUGCUUGUUGGAUCGGUGAUCCACAGUCAGGGCAGCUACUCCUUCCUGCUGUGCGGUACAGUAGCGUCCCUUAUCGGCUUCUGCCUGUUCCUGCUGCUCCUCUAUAUCCAGAAUAUCCACAGAAGCCAGCACACAGAUUUGUCUCAAUGCACAGACAUGAAAGAGAAGCCGAAGACCGGAGACUCGUGACGCACUGCAACCCAGAGAGCAGAGGAUACAGCAAAGGGAGAAAUACUUCAGGAGAAGCUGACACUUCUUCACGUUCCCCCAGGGUGGAGGGUUCACAAUCACACUCCUGCGUCAUGGAAAUGCUGAAUAAUUAUUUGCACCCUACUUUUACAGCCUGAUGAUCAACAAACAGCUCAAUGGAUGAUUAGAGUGUACACAAUCAUCUCUUUGAGCACAUUAAACUGUGCGUUGAUUAAAUACGACUUCUUCAGUA